UUUUUUUUAUUUCUCAGUAGCUCCGGGGAUUUUGUGCGGGAGGGUUGUGAAGAUGACGGGAGUGGAUGAAAUACUAAAUUAUAAAAGAAAUCCUGAUGAUGAUUAUUAUGCGCUGUUGGGUUGUGAUGAAAAUUCAACUGUUGAACAAAUAACUGCAGAGUACAAGGUUCUUGCUCUGCAGUACCAUCCCGACAAGAAUGAUGGAGAUAAGGAAGCAGAGGCCAAGUUUCAACAACUGAAGGAAGCCAAGGAGACCCUUUGUGAGCCAUCUAAGCGUGCCCUCUAUGAUAAGUGGAGGCAGAGCGGGAUUGCAAUGGGAUUCAAGCAGUGGCUCGGCAUGAAGGAUCAUGUGCAGCAAUCCAUGCACUGGAGCAAGCCCAAUACUAAGGAUCGUAUGCUGGAGGGUGAGCCAGGCAAGCCGUCGGGCCCUUCUAGCCUUGGGCCUAGCAACCCAGGGGCUCGCAGGGCUUCCGAGGGUGGCGCGGCUCUGUGGGGCCGCUGGGGCGCCGGCAACCAAGAGCCCCCUUCGGAAGUUAUUUCCAAGUUCCGUAACUAUGAAAUUUAAUUUGAAUCUCCAACUUCCAUGCUUGAAGUUAUUAAUAUUUUAUUUUGUUGAAUGUUUUUGUUAAGUUUGUUUUAUCAGAGGUUGUUUGUGCCCCACCUCGAUAAAUAUUUCGUGUUUAUCAGAUGUACUUCAUUAUUUAUAUAUGUUGUAACGUUUUUAACUACCCAUACUUAGGAUGUUUUAAUAAUACUUGCCAUUUCAAACUGUAUACAUUAUUGGUGUUAAAAUAAUAUCAAUUAAAUCUUCUAAAAUCUAAAUGUUAGAUAUAAUUAGUUUUAAAAAGGCACAAUAUUCAUCAGGUCAGCUCAUGAAGGAAUAAAGUUCUCGAAUGUAACUCGUUUUCUAGGUAUUGAAUGUUCAAUGUUUAAUGUUUUAAAUGUGUCUAAUACAAUACAUGUUGUAGAAAAUGGAUGUAAGUUUCGAACCCAGUGGAUAUUAUAGAGAAACACUUAGUUAUACAUUCCCUAGAUGUAAGCUUUGCACAUUCCUGACAAAACUUGUGAGUCUGAUUUAUUGACAUUUCUGUAGAACAAUACUUAAGCCUCUAAUGAAUGUCUAUAUUUUGAAUAUUUUAUAUUUUUGAUCCUCUAUAUAUUAUUGAUAAGUGCAAUAUUAUUUUUUACAUGAUUGUGAAUGUAGCGGGAGUCGUUGUGAGAUAUUUACAGGGUAAUGUGAGAAAAGGUUGUUUAAUUUUACGUUUUGUCUAUUUCUGCUUUUAAAAUGUAUCUGUCUUAGUAAAAUAUGUUCCAUAGGUGUUGUGUUCCCCCUUAGUAAUACAGAUCUAUAAACGUAGAGAUUAUUAUGUGUUAAAUAUUUAAUCAGUAUUUACUUUUGAUGUGAAACAUAUUUACGUAUCAGUGUUGUUUAAUGUUGUAGUGGAUUUUAAAUUUCAAUGUUUUAACUUAUUAAAAUAUAAUAAUUAUUGUCAUGACAAUUGUAUGAAUAUGUUUAUUUUUGAUGUGACUCAUCUUGAAAACAAUAAAGGUUACCGCGCCA